AUGGAUCCAUGGCUCUUGCUCAUUACCAUGCUUUUCCUCUGUGCUUCUCUACAUUCGCUCGUCUAUCUCUUCUUCCAUGCUAAAAACCUCCCACCAGGACCUCCUACCAUACCAAUCCUAGGCACCUUCUUCUGGCUUGUCAAAUCUUCCAACAAUUUCUCCUCCAUCGAACCUCUUCUUCGUCAACUGCGUGCCAAAUAUGGCCCUGUUCUCACCCUUCACAUCGGUUCCCGACCUGCCAUUUUCAUAACCACCCAUGAAGCUGCCCAUCGAGCUCUUGUACAAAGUGGCUCAGUCUUUGCUAGCCGCCCUCCAGCACUCGAGACCUCACGGAUCCUUUUUAGCAACCAACAUACUCUCACUACUGCACCAUACGGCUCCUUGUGGCGAUUACUCCGUAGAAAUUUCAUGUCUGUAACACACCCUUCUCGCUUACAUUUAUAUUCUCAUGGACGUAAAUGGGCAUUGGAGAUACUAAAGAAGAAGCUCGUUGAGGAAGCAGAGUCAUCAGAUGAGAAAGCUUUUCCUGUGAUUGGCCAUUUUCAACAUGCCAUGUUUUGCUUACUGGCUUAUAUGUGCUUCGGAGAGAAAUUUGAAGAGAAGAUCAUUAAAGAGAUUGAGGCAGUGCAGCGAGCUUCUCUGACAAAUAUUAUUAGGUUUAACUUGCUGAAUUUCAUGCCAAAGCUAGGGAAGAUUGUGUUCAGGAGGAUGUGGAAACAGCUUUUACAGAUUCGAGGAGAUCAAGAGAAUGUGCUCCUUCCUCUCAUUAAAGCUCGACGAGAAAAACACAAGAAUAUUAUUAAUAAAGAAGAACCCAUUUUCUCCUACGUUGAUUCUCUGCUAGAUCUUCGACUUCCAGAUGGUGAAAGAGAGUUUUCAGAUGGGGAAUUGGUGAGUUUAUGUUCAGAGUUCAUCAAUGGUGGCACAGACACUUCCACUACUACAUUGCAAUGGGUGAUGGCUAAUAUAGUAAAGCAAGAAAACAUACAAAACAAGUUACUGAAAGAAAUCAACACAGUAACAGAAGCAGGUAGUGAAAUCCAAGAAAAGGAUCUAAAGAGAAUGCCUUAUCUGAAGGCAGUAGUCUUGGAAACUCUCAGGAGACAUCCACCGGGACACUUCAUAUUGCCGCGAGCAGUGACAGAGGACAUGAAAUUUGAUGGGUACGAUAUACCAAAGAAUGCAAUGGUGAAUUUUACAGUAGCAGAAAUGUCAUGGGAUCCUAAGGUGUGGGAAGAUCCAAUGGAGUUUAAACCAGAGAGGUUUAUGAGAAAUGGCGAAGAAGAAAAGGAACAAGUGUUUGAUAUAAAAGGAAUUAGAGAGAUCAAGAUGAUGCCUUUUGGUGCAGGGAGAAGAAUUUGCCCAGCUAUUUCAAUGGCAUUGCUUCACCUUGAAUAUUUUGUGGCCAAUUUGAUUAGAGAAUUUGAAUGGAGUGGUGAAGUUGAUUUCUCAGAGAACCAAGAGUUUACCAUAGUCAUGAAGAAUCCACUUCGAGUCCGUAUCACUCCAAGAACGAAUUUACAUGAAUUUUAA